AUGGAUAUCCAGGAGACUCAGCGUCUCCUUUCGGAGUACCUCCAUGAACUCGCAGACCUCUUUCAUCGUCUACCCGGUUCAGCGAUCUUCCUACGUUAUGUGAAGUCUAGUUACCAAAAUGAUCCUAUCCGCUCAGCUGUCGAGCUCUUCCUCUUCUUGUUUGCGGUCCGGUAUCUCCUCGCUCCGAAGUAUUCGACUAAACCGGGUGUGGUUCAACUUUCCGAGGAUGAGGUCGAUGAUCUCGUGGAUGAGUGGACUCCGGAGCCGUUGGUGGGGAAGCCUACUCCGUUGGAGGCGAUGGAGGUCGAUAAGCGAACGGUCAUUGUUGGCCCAGUUGGACCCAAGUCUAAGUUGAGCAACGGUCGCACAGUCGUCAAUCUCGGUUCCUAUAAUUAUUACAACUUCAAUACGAACGAGUCGCUCAAGGAGAAGGCCAUCCAGACUCUGCGGAAUUAUGGUGUCGGUCCUUGCGGUCCCCGCGGUUUCUAUGGUACUCAGGAUGUUCAUAUGAAGACGGAGGCUGAUGUUGCCUCCUACCUUGGUACCGCAUCCUGUAUUAUCUAUGCGCAGGCCUUUUCGACGAUCUCUAGUGUCAUUCCUGCGUUCUCGAAGCGUGGCGAUAUCAUUGUUGCGGACAAGGGUGUUAGCUUCGCUAUUCGCAAGGGUAUCCAGAUCUCUCGCAGCAUUGUUCGCUGGUAUGAGCAUAAUGAUAUGGAAGACUUGGAGAGAGUCCUCGCAAAGGUUACCAAGGAACAAGCCAGGAAGCCCCUUACUAGGCGGUUCAUUAUCACCGAAGGUCUGUUUGAAUCUUACGGCGACAUGGUGGAUUUGCCCAAGAUUAUCGAGCUUAAGCUGAAGUACAAAUUCCGCCUGAUCCUCGACGAGACUUGGUCCUUUGGCGUUCUUGGGCGAACUGGCCGUGGCGUGACUGAGCACCAGAACGUUGAUGCGGCAGAAGUUGAUAUGAUUGUGGGCUCGCUGGCCGGCCCACUGAUUGCAGGAGGAGGCUUCUGCGCUGGCUCGGAAGAGAUCGUCCAUCAUCAGCGUAUCUCGGCUGCUGCUUAUACCUUCUCCGCCGCACUCCCCGCUCUUUUGUCUACUACUGCUAGUGCUACGAUCAAUCUCCUUCAGACUAGCCCCGAGACUGUGACGCAGCUGCGGGAGCAUACCAAGGCCAUGUGGGCGCAGUUGGACCCUCGCAGUGAUUGGGUUUAUUGCACCAGUUCCCCCGAGAAUCCUAUGAUGAUUCUGGUCCUUAAGCCCGAGGUUGUUGCUGCGAAGAAGCUGUCACUGGACGACCAGCAAUUCUUGCUGCAAGAUAUUGUUGACGAGUGUCUCGCAAACGGUGUCCUCAUCAGUCGCCUGAAGACUCUCCAGGAUAACUUUGAGCCCAAGCAGAUUGUUCCCCCUGCCUUGAAGGUUUGCGUGACAAUCGGAUUGACGAGAAAGGAGAUUGAAAAAGCAGGAACCACCAUCCGCCAUGCGAUUACGAAAGUUCUAAGCAAGAGGAAGUAA